AUGGCUCCCCUUCCGGGGAAUGAAGCUGACCAUCUACGAGAGAAGGCCCGUAGGGACCUGUUGAACUUGCUUGAAGGGGUGCGCGGAAAGAAGAACUUGGUCAUCAGCAAAGACCUGGCUGGCCCAGUCGGCCUGUUUGUAAAGUUCUCCGAGCUGCAGGAAUACGGCGUUGACCGUGUCUUUUUGCUGGAGAAUGCGAACCUGGACAGUUCGCAGCGUAAUGUGGUGUUUCUGGUUCAUGCCGAAAGGGUGAACCAGGUGGCUACUGUUGCUAGUCAAAUCAAGAAACUGCGCCAGUCCAGCAGUACAGAGCACGACAUCUCCAUAUUCUGGGUUCCUCGGCGAACUCUAGUAAGCAAUACUAUCUUGGAAGAAGCAGGCAUCACAGGCGACGUAAACAUCGCCGAGUUGCCCGCCUAUUUUCUGCCAUUGGAGCAAGAUGUCCUGUCGUUGGAGCUUGAUGAUGCGUUUGGCGAUCUCUACUUGCACAAAAACCCGUCAAGUAUAUACUUAUCGGCCAAGGGCUUGAUGAACAUUCAGCGACGACAUGGAUACUUUCCGCGCAUCACAGGCAAAGGCGACAAUGCUAGAAAACUUGCUGAUCUCCUGGUCCGUAUGAGGAAGGAAGUCGAAGCAGACGAAUCAUCAACUCCCGGUCCCGAAUAUGGCAACAAACUGCCAAGCUCCUCAAUUGAACAGCUUAUAAUCAUCGAUCGAGAGGUCGAUUACGCAACUCCACUUCUAACACAGCUCACAUACGAAGGGUUGAUUGACGAGUUUGUCGGGAUUCACAACAACCAAGCGAAUGUAGAUUCAUCUGUUGUUGGUCCUGCCGCUGGACAACCACCUUCACAGGGCUCAUCCGCUGCUGCCCCGCCUACCAGGGCUGGACUGAAGCGCAAGAUUCAGCUUGAUUCUUCUGAUCAGCUGUUCAGUCAAUUGCGAGACACCAAUUUUGCCAUUGUGGGCGACAUUCUGAACAAAGUUGCUCGGAGGCUAGAAUCCGACUACGAGACUCGGCACUCGGCCCAGACAACGUCUGAGCUUCGAGAGUUUGUCAAUCGCCUCCCAGCGUACCAGCAAGAGCACCAAAGCUUGAAGGUGCACACGAACCUUGCCGAAGAUAUCAUGCGUCAAACUCGAUCGGACAUCUUCCGUAAAGUCCUCGAGGUGCAACAGAACCAUGCGGCUGGAGCUGAUCCAAGCUAUCAACAUGAAAACAUCACCGAGCUAAUUGCCCGCGGCGUUCCUCUCAAGACCGUCUUGCGCUUGUUGUGUCUCGAAUCAUGCGUAUCUGGCGGUCUGCGGCCCAAGGAUCUCGAUCACUUUAAGCGUGAAAUUUUGCAAGCGUACGGCUACCAGCAUCUGCUCACGUUCCGUGCACUGGAGAAGAUGGAGCUCCUCCAGCCACGAGGCUCGGCCACAGCCAUGCUCUUGCCUGGAGCUGUCGGCGGCAACAUUGCUGGCACGAAAACAAACUUCAACUACCUACGCAAGAACUUGAAACUAGUCAUUGAAGACGUCAGUGAAAAGGAUCCUAAUGAUAUAUCCUAUGUCUACAGCGGGUUUGCACCAUUGUCAGUCCGUCUGGUGCAAUGCAUUCUGCAAAAGCCUUUUAUCAUGUCGCUUAUCAAAGGCGGUCCACCGACAUCUGCACCAGUUCCGACGGCUCAGGUCAAUACCUCAACCACAUCAUCCCCCGGCUGGAUUGGCUUUGAAGAUAUUGCCAAGUCUGCUCGCGGCGCCACAUUCAGCAUUGUGCAGAAGGGCGACGAGAAGACCGCAAGGGCACGACAGACACUGGUGUCCGGCGGCGGCUUGGGGAAGAACAAGAAGACAGUAUACGUUAUGUUUUUGGGCGGGAUCACGUUCACCGAAAUAGCGGCAUUGCGGUACAUUGCAGCGCAAGAGGCCCUGACUAGGAAGCUCGUUAUAUGCACUACGAGCAUUGUCAGUGGUGACCGAAUGGUAGAGUCGGCGAUGGAAAAGGCGACGUUUGGAGAGCAGGAGCCGGCGCAGCACAGCGCUGCCAUGUAG